AUGAUAUCUUUAUUAAGGAACGAAAUAAAAGCUGAAUCUGAAAGCUCUAAUACCUCGCACAAUAUGUCUUACAACUUUAGGCCAGUGAAAAGAUGUUCUUCUUUAUAUGAUUCUCGCGAUUUAUUGGAGUGUAAAGAAUGUGUGGUCCGCUUGGAGAAAUGCGACAAAUUCUUGGAGCCUACUAGUUUUGUGUCAAACGAAGACGAAGACGAAGACGAAGACGAAGACGCUUUCAAACAAGCAGUAUCGAAAAGCGUGAAAGAGGAAUUUGAAGGUUUUCGCGAAACAAGCUCGACAUGUGACUUGCCUUUGAAAACUGACACGAUUGCGUCAAAGCGAUUCAAUGAAUUUGUAAAAUCUUUCGCUGAUAGAUUAAUCGUACCUCAACAAGAAUCGGUUGAAUUUCAGAACUUUAAAGUCCGUCAGCAGAAAAUAAUUCAAUGUCAUAUUUGUAAAAAAUCGUUUUCUUCGAAGGAAAACCUGCGCGAGCACAUGAAAUUGUUCCAUACGAUUUACAUUUCGAGCAUAUGCAACGCGCGUUACACGUCCAUGAAUAAGUUACUAACUCACUAUCUACGUCAGCAUGAUGUGUUUAAACGAAGGGAAUGUUGCGUGUGUUAUGAGAAGUUUGACACGUCGGCACUGUUGAAGCGGCACAUGAUUCUGCAUUGUUUGAAGACCAUAAGAUCAAAAAAGGACGCUCCACCCGUUGAUGUUGAAAUAAAUUGCAAUGCAUUCAAGAAACAACACAAAUGCAAAGGUUGUCGCAAACGAUUUUGGCUAUACUCAUGUUUGAAACAACACGAGAAUGUAUGUCGUCGAAUGAAAGUGUUAAGAAAUAAACAACGCGUACCUCGUGUAAACCAUUCGUCUCGGCCCUUGAAAGAACCAAGUGACAUGGAACUCGGCAUAGUACAGUCGCCUGAUUUGGAACAAACGUUGGAUGUUUCGGGUGGGACGACAAGAUCUUUGAAAAAUUAUUUGACUCCGAGUGCGCUUAAUACGGAUGAUACUUUCUCUUCGUCACUCGAUACAGCUGCAAAACACAGAAGGUUACUUAAUGGGAUUGAAUGCGUAAAGGGUCACCAAGCGGACAAGAUGAACAGAACAAAGUUUCCUUGCACUACUUGUGGAACACAAUUCCAAACAUUUAAAAAUUUGUGCAUACACGAGCGCACCUAUCGUCAAACAGCCACAGAAAAGUGUAACGUUUGUAACACGAUGUUUUCCACUAAAAGAUUCUUACAGUUUCACAUGCUUGCUACUCAUGCGCCUUCGUGUUCGGUGAACUACAAAUUCUUUUGUAAGUUCUGCAAUCAAGGAUUUGUUAAGAAACAGAGUCUUCAAAUUCACGAACGACACUUGCAUAUUGGGCAAGAUUCUAGGCUGGUGCUGAAUUCCGAUUGUGUUGUGGAAGAUAAACCAAUCUGUAAUAUAUGCCAUUUGUUAUUCGAAUCCUACGAACGUUUAGUCGAGCAUAACACGUAUUAUUACAAGGGUAAUGAUUUUUUAUGCGCAAUAUGUGGUAAGUCGUUUCAAGGAAUGUACAAGUUUUAUCAUCACAACAAGUUGGAGCAUUAUCCGGACGAACCAUCGAAAUUGUACCCUUACAAAUGCGAUACUUGUAACGAAGGCUUCAGCUACCAAUCACAUCUCCACGCACAUAAGCUACACGUUCAUUCGCACGAUUCGCCCGCUGACAAGGCGCGCGACCGCGAUACAUCGAAUCAGACUUUUCGCAUGUGUUCAUAA